AUGGAUGAAGUAACAACAACGACAAUAGAAUUUCAAAAAGAUUCUAAUGAAAAUGAAUUGACUAAUCUUUUGGAAAUAAUUAUUAAGAAACAGAAUAUUGGCUUAGAAGAACAUCAACAUCAAACUUAUCAAUAUCAUUUAUUUAAUAAUCAAAUUAAACGUAAUAAUUAUUAUGAAGAUUUAAUUAAAAUUAAAGAUCGAUUAGACAAAACUACACCAGAUAUACAACAUGUUAUUCAUAGAGAUAUAAAAAGGAUGAAUACAAAUAAAAUUUAUGAACGACAAUUGAUACAUAUUUUAAAUGGACCAAGAGGUUUAAAUUGGCAACACAAGCAACAAUUAAAACGUCUGAAAAGUGAUGAAUGUGAUAUUGAACGUGAUUUAAUACGUCUUAAUCGUGAUCUUCGAAAAAUUUCUGUCUCAACUUUAUCGGAUGAAAUCUUAUCACCGCGUCAAAAUCAAGAUUUUUAUUCAACGCAAACAUCACAAGAAAACAAACGUUCAUUAUUAAAAAGUACAAAUCAAGUAACGGUUCCUUUUUCUAUUCCAAUCAAUCAAAAACAAUCAUCAUUAAAUAAUAAAACGUCUCCUUGGAAACAUAAACAAAUAAUUUCAAAAUCUCAUCAAAAUCAUUCUUAUCGUCAAAAACAUAGAGUUGAACAAAAACCAAAGAAGUUUUUACAUUGA